CUAAAAUUAGGGUUUUUCACUUUCUGCAAAUCGUCUCCCCUGAUACCUUCACUCCUUCAGUCGUAAUUGAUCCUAAAUUUCCACCCAUUUCUGAAGGAAGAAGAAGGAAAAUCAUGACUUUGUCUGCAGUAGAGUCGACGAACCCACAGGUAUCCAAUUGCCUGAUCGGGGAAAACUACCAAGUAAGACUAAACCAAUCUCUGCAAAACCUUUUAGCUGAAAUUCGCAAGGAAACCCCAAAUUUAUCGCAUUUUGUUGAUGUAUUUUAUGAGUUAAUGCAAGCAAAGAUCGACCCACCUCUGGAAUCCAUCUGGGUGUACUCUGCUUUGUUGUUUCGUAGCCGUAAUUCUAGCAAUGAAGAUCCUUUAAAUCGGUUAUCAGCUAUAAGAGAUCUGUUUCAGUUGGUAUCAGCGUGUUCGAGUUCGUCUAGUUCUUCAAAAAGCAUCGCGUUGCUUGCUCCAGUUAUUUUCGAGGUAUACAAGUUAGUUGUGGAGUUAUCAUUAGGAAAAGAUUCAGGUUCGAAGAGAGAAAAGAAAGUAAUUAGAGAGGCAAAAUCUUUGAUUGAAGUGAUUCUUGGGUAUGUUAGCAUUUGUUGUUGUAAGGAUUUGGGUGAGGAGAGUAGUACUAUUGAUAUGAAAUUCAUAAUGCCUGUUCGAGAUUUGGUAUCCGUUUGGAUGGAUGGGAAUGAAAGUUUACAGUAUUUUUUGCCACUUCUGAGUGAUGAGAUAUGUAUGGAGAUUGCCCAAAGAGGGUUUGAUGUGGACUACCUGGCUGGCAUGGUUAUAGUGGAAGCAUUUAUUUUGAAACUGUGCAUUGGUUUGAGGUUUCGGGCUGCAGGUACGGAGAUGGAGAGAGAGUUGAGAAGUUGGGCUGUUGGUGCAAUAACUGGCUUCCGAAGCUUUUACUUCUUUGAGAUCCUUGUGAAGAUGCUGCUGCAGCCUGUUCUGCCUAUAACUUCCAUUUUGAAUUCUGAAGAUGGAGUUUUGUUGAGGAAUAUUUUGUAUGAUGGUGUUAUUUUGGUGGAGUAUUCUUUCCUCGAUUCUCAGAGAGCAGUUCACCUACCAGCUGAACGUGUGAAGGGUCUUACCAUGGCAAGAUUGAUUGUUACACAAAAAGCAAUCAAGUGUUUUAGGGAGAAUGGCGAUCAAAAGAAAGCUAUUUGUUAUUCAAGUGCCUUUUCCAAUUCCCGUUUACCUUCUCAGCUAACUAAAUGGAUUACAGCCCAAAUCGGCAUGCACGAAAAGGCAGAUAUGUUAAGAGGAUCUUCGCCUAUAGCACUUAUAAAGUGGCUACUGGACCUUGAUAGGAAAGGGAUAAAAGUAUUUGAUGAUGGCAAUUUGAAAUACCAUGCCAAAUCAGUUCUUGAUGAUUCCAAAGCAGACAGUGAACAGCCAGGAUCUAAGCCAGAUAUGAAAGUUGAUGAUGAUCUUCUCUUUUAUAUCGAUAACAAGAGGGACAAAGUAGAAAGAGAAGAGGAAGAGGAAGAGGAAGAGAAAGAGAAAGAUGAAGAUGAAGAUGAAGAUGAAGAUGAAGAUGAGGAUGAAAUGAAAAAUGAAUCCAUAAGUGCUUCAUUUGUGGCUGCUGCCCACUCAAUGAAGUCCACGGAAAACGGUGGGAGAAAAAGGAAAGUAGGUCAAGGUACAGAAAGGAAGGAGAAGAAAAAGAAUUUAAAGUCUGACAUGGGCUCAGCUGGAGACAAAAUCUCAUCUGAUGAUAGUGACAGUGAAGUUGAGAAUCCUCCAUCUGAUUCUGAAUAAGAUGCGGGAAAAAAGGGGCAACCGGUUCUUUUUUUUUAGCCAAGGAGCAAAGGGGUUCUUUGCUAGUAAAGGAUAGAUGGUAACAAUUUCUGUUCUUACCAACUCUACUUAUUAUAAGGCUGACUCUCGCUGCUCUUGUGAGAGGUCCUUGGAAGAAUGUUAACCAUUUGCUUUAGAUGCAACUGGAAAUUUUGAGCUUGAAUAUGUUUAGCAAGCCCCGUAAUGACAGUGUACUUAUUAGAAUUUUUCAUUGGGUCUGGUCCUGUUAUGAUGAAAUCCUGCCCCAUGGAAAAACCCUUUUGAAUGCCCAAGUGAUCGCACUCCGGGCAACAACAUCAGGAUCUUUAAUUUUUGACCUCAUUUGUAAGCACACACUUUGAGUACGUAUCAACAACAGCACAACUAGCAGCUUCAUAAAGCUCACAACCAAUUUUUAUUGCAAUGGAAUGCACCAACUGGCCUUCGUUCACAUAUCCUGCGUUCGCACAGCCCUUGAAGACAGUGGAUAAGAAAAACUUGCUUAAAUU